GUGGCGUUAUAUAUCGGUGGCAACUGUCAAAUGAGACGGUGAUUAUAAUAUAACCAGUUCAUAUAUAUCUAUUCUUGACUUAAGUUGGUUGUACUUUGUGCUGAGGAAGUGGUACACUAUGUGUGGAAUACUGGCAGUGCUGGGUUGCUCCGACGAUUCUCAGACCAAAAGGGCUCGAGUCCUUGAGCUGUCUCGCAGGCUAAAGCACCGUGGUCCGGAUUGGAGUGGGCUGUAUCAGCGUGAUGGUUGCUUUAUAGCUCAUCAACGGCUAGCCAUUGUUGACCCUGCCUCCGGAGAUCAACCCCUCUAUAACGAAGAUAAAACUAUAGUUGUAGCGGUGAAUGGUGAGAUAUACAACCAUGAGGAUCUACGCAGUCAUUUGCCUCGUCAUAAAUUUAAAACUGGAAGUGAUUGUGAAGUUAUUGCACAUCUUUACGAGGAGUACGGAGAAAACUUUGUUAACAUGUUGGACGGGAUGUUUUCCUUCGUGUUACUCGACACCCAUGAUAACAGCUUCAUUUCUGCUCGUGAUGCUAUCGGGAUCACACCCCUCUACAUCGGUUGGGCACUUGACGGUUCGGUUUGGGUGUCAUCUGAGCUAAAAGGUUUAAAUGAUGAAUGUGAGCAUUUUGAAGUGUUUCCGCCAGGACACUUGUUCUCGAGCAAAACAGGCGGUUUUAAGAGGUGGUACAACCCUCCAUGGUUCAACGAGACGAUUCCAUCUGCUCCUUAUGAUCCCAUUGCUCUAAGACACGCGUUAGAAAGCGCCGUGAUCAAAAGGCUCAUGACAGAUGUACCCUUUGGAGUUCUUCUAUCCGGAGGGUUAGAUUCGUCAUUGGUUGCAUCGAUCGCAGCUCGUCAUUUGUCUGGUACAAAAGCCGCCAAGCUGUGGGGAGCUCAACUUCAUUCUUUUUCGGUUGGUCUUGAGGGUUCACCAGACCUAAAGGCUGCAGCAGAGGUAGCUGAUUGUUUGGGGACGGUUCAUCAUGAGUUUCACUUCAGUGUUCAAGACGGUAUUGAUGCAAUAGAAGAUGUAAUAUACCAUAUUGAAACAUACGACGUGACAACGGUUAGAGCUAGCACCCCGAUGUUUCUAAUGGCGCGUAAGAUCAAGUCCCUUGGAGUGAAAAUGGUGAUCUCUGGUGAGGGUGCAGAUGAGAUAUUUGGCGGGUAUUUGUAUUUCCAUAAGGCACCCAACAAGGAAGAGUUCCACCGGGAAACUUGUCGCAAGAUCAAAGCAAUUCAUCUGUAUGACUGCUUGAGAGCUAACAAGUCGACAUCCGCUUGGGGUGUGGAAGCACGAGUCCCGUUUCUAGAUAAAGAGUUCAUCAAUGUGGUUAUGAGUAUCGACCCCGAAAUGAAAAUGAUUGAUACGGAGAAAAACCGCAUAGAAAAGUGGAUUCUUCGAAAGGCUUUCGACGAUGAAGAUCAUCCGUAUUUACCAAAGCAUAUUUUGUAUAGGCAGAAAGAGCAGUUUAGUGAUGGGGUCGGGUAUAGCUGGAUCGAUGGACUAAAAGACCAUGCGGAACUUCAUGUGACUGAUAAAAUGAUGCUUAACGCGUCACAUAUCUACCCUCACAACACACCACAAACAAAAGAAGCAUAUUACUACCGGAUGACCUUUGAACAGUUUUUCCCUCAGAAUUCGGCGAUCUUAACCGUGCCAGGUGGUGCGAGUGUGGCUUGCAGCACUGCAAAAGCAAUUGAAUGGGACGCUGCAUGGUCCAACCAUCUUGACCCUUCAGGCAGAGCUGCUCUUGGAGUUCAUGAUUCGGCCUAUGAGGUUAAUCACCGUCCAGAAUUGCAACGAAGCCGAGAUUCAGGCUCAGGGUGUUUUUAAUCAAAGGAUUCAGAAUUGGGGCUUAACCUCGACAAGGGGUUUGAUUAGAGAGAUUUGGGGGUGAAAUGUCGUUGUUGCCGGUGAAGAUUUGCAUGAAUGAAUUGUGUGGGGUUACGACUACUGCUCAAUGGAAGAGAGGGUGGCCCAUGAAAGUCGGUGGUGUUGCUACACUCUGUUAUGCUUGUGGAGUGAUAUAGAUCUUUCCUGGAGUUUUGCAAGUCAGCCCAAAUCUAGGAGCACAAAUAAUGGCAAUAGUCGAGUUGCUUUUUUUCAGAGACCGACUGCUUUAAGCCAUCAGAGGCUCACCAGGUCUAUGAGCCAAGCACCUCAGAUGAGGUUACAUGAUAACUACUUGAGUGAUAUAGAUCUUUCCUGGGGUUCUGCAAGGCAAGCCAAAUCUACGAGUGUGAAUAGCGACAAUAGUCGGGUUCCUUCGUUUCAAAGACCCACUGCUUCAAGUCAUCGGAGGCUCACCAGGUCUAUGAGCCAAGCACCACAGAUGAGGAGGUCACAUGAUGACUACGUGGUCCGUCGAGUCCCCACGUCCACCUAUUUGCAGCCAGAGUAAGCGUAACUGAACCUAUGACCCGAGAACCUAUCUGCUGAAUUAUUUUUAAUGUAUCUUUUCGGUUAGUGCAAGAUAACAUCCCCAUUUCUUGUCUGGUUCGACUCAACUUGAAUCUAACUAAAUGAUCUUCCAUUAUAAAAUUUGUUUUUGUUUCUGUAGUUUUUAGAAUAGUCAGAAUAGUAAAACUUGCAAGUGCUUUAGAAUUGUUCCACCCCAUUUUGUAUUCAACCAAACUUCUAAACACUUUAUAUUUUCCUUGGCUUGUAUGCUCCAUAUAUUACAGCCUUUUAUUUUCAA